UGUGGAAAUAUGACAGAAGAAGGAAGAGGAAGUUGACAGACAGAGGGGGUUUCACGGCAGCUAACCCCAGCUGUGCAGAGCUCAUAAGCUGCAGCAGCUGUCUCUGUCCUCCAGAGGAAGAGCUGGAGUUUGGAGAGACGUGCGGACUGCGCUGAGAGCCGCCACCAUGCCGCGCACAGGCUUAAAUUAGGGACAAAGUUUUCUGGCAUUAUUCAGUUGUUAUCACCGCUCUCUGACAACAUGGAGUACUGGAGGCAGUGUGCUAUGUGGCUGAUCAGCUGCAACGUGCUGCCCCCGAACCACCGGGUGACUGCGGACAUGGCGCAGGUGUUCGACCUGGCGCAAACCCUGCGGGACGGGGUGCUGCUGUGCCAGCUGCUCAACAACUUGAAACCUCACACCAUCAACCUGAAGGAGAUCAAUCUCAGGCCACAGAUGUCGCAGUUCCUGUGCUUGAAGAACAUUCGCACAUUCUUAACGUCUUGCUGUGUGGUGUUUGGAAUGAAAAAAAGUGACUUAUUUGAAGCCUUCGAUCUCUUCGAUGUUCGAGAUUUUGGAAAGGUUAUGGACACGCUAUCGAAGCUGUCUAACACAGCAAUUGCACAGCAAGGAGGAUUUAAGCCAUUCCCAACCGAGGAAAGCCUAAAAGACGAGGACAUUUACAAUAAUCUGGAAGACUUGAUUGAUGAGAAUGCCCCAGAGGAUGAGGACGACUUGUAUGCGGCGGUCUAUGGGCUGGAAGAAGACUAUGCAGGUGGAGAAAUCUAUGAAGAUCUCAUGAGGACUGAACAGCAACCCCCAUUGAAGCAGGUGGAGGUAGAUGUCCGGAGCUGCUGCCUUACAGAGAUUAAACAGACGGAGGAGAAAUACACAGAGACCCUGGAGUCCAUCGAGAAGUAUUUUCUAAAUCCUCUGAAGAAAUUCUUCUCUACGGCUGAAAUUGAAAAAGUUUUUGUCAACAUACCAGACCUGGUUAAACUUCACAAGAGCCUGAUGGUUGAAGUGCAGGACUCCAUCCUAAACAAAAAUGCCUUAAAUCUCUACCAGAUUUUUAUCAGCUACAAAGAGAGACUGCUCAUUUAUGGGAUAUACUGCAGUCAGGUGGAGAUCGCCAUCGCUGUUUUAGACCUCAUUUGCAAAGAGAAAGAGGAUGUUCGUCUAAAACUGGAGGAGUGCUCAAAGAGAGCCAACAAUGGGAAGUUUACACUGAGGGACCUGCUGGUUGUCCCAAUGCAGAGAGUCCUCAAGUACCAUCUACUUCUUCAGCCCUGAUUUAAAUAUGAGUGGGGAAAGUGAAAAGCAGCCCCUCCUUCAUCACCACCAGUGAGGUGCCCUUGAGCAAGGCCCCUACUCCAACUGCAUAGCUGCUCGAUGGCCAGCAGAUCAUACUGUGGUUGCACUUCACAGCUUCCAGGUGUGAGUGUGUAAAUGUGAUCAC